AUGGCCAAAACACCAAAGUUUAUUACUCUCCAUUUCCUCCUCCUAGUCUCCGUCGUGAUCCUCCAACUCUCAGCCGUAACUUCCACCAUUGGUAUCGAACUAAAAGGUGGAGAUGGUGGAAAUCCACCGAGCAAUGGUGGAAAAUGGUGUGUCGCAAAGCAAGAGGCCACAACCACACAGUUGCAAGCAAAUAUUGAUUGGGUGUGUAGUCAAGGUAUUGAUUGUAAACCAAUCUCACUUGGUGGAAUAUGUUUUGACAACAAUAACGUCAAGACUCGGUCCACUUUCAUCAUGAACGCUUAUUACCAAAGCAAAGGAAACUCAGAUAGCGCUUGCGAUUUUCACGGUAGCGGCAUUGUAACUACUAAUAAUCCAAGCACUAACACAUGCAACGUACCAAACGGAUCAUCAUACAAAAUGAAAGGUAGUAGUAGUAGAGAUCAAGUACAUUCGAGAAGAAGCAACUCGAAAUGGUGUGUGCCAAAGCAAGGGACAUCAGAUACACAACUUCAAGCAAAUAUUGAUUGGGCAUGUAACCCGGACAAAACUAUAUAUAUAUCAAUUGUACGGCAAUUUACCCUGGUGGGUAUUGUUCUAGGGAGACAUUAUGGACGAAAGCAGCUUAUUAUAUUUCCUAUGGUAGUAUUUUAA